AUUCUUAACAAAUUCAACCAUAUCCAUCUAAUACUCUAGCUACUUGUUACUAGAACUAGCAUGGAGCUGUGUAUAAGGUCAAGAGCUAUUCUAAAUUGGAAUCAACAAAUCCCUCAGUUUCUUGGUAAAUUUUCUGUUUCUGCUACCUUAAACAACCAAUUUCUCCAAGUCAACAAAAACAAGAGCAAGAAUCCCUUCAAUUCUUACAAAUUGACUCCACUUUGGCGUCAAAGCCAUUGUCCAGCCUUCCCUCAGUGUGCUCGUAAAUCCGCAGCUUCAUCAUCUUCUUCUUCUGUUGCUGUUGAGUCUGAGAAAGACCGGCUUCCAGCUGAUAUUAGAGUCACAGAGACCGUGGAGCCCAAUUCAAGAUUGAGGUUGACUGUAGAAGUCCCAGAAGCUGUAUGCGAUGAUUGUUACAGCAGGGUCAUGAAUGAGUUCAUGAAGCAAGCUAGGGUACCGGGUUUUCGUCCUGGAAAGAAUGUUCCAGAAAGUAUUCUUCUAAGUUAUGUUGGAAAGGAAAAUGUUCAGAAGGCUACAAUUGAAUCUGUUUUGAAGAGGACACUUCCACAUGCCAUGUCUUCGGUGACUGGAAGGGCUUUGAGAGACUCCAUCCGCAUUGUAACUAAAUUCUCUGACAUGGAGAAGGCCUAUUCUUCACUCAAUACUCUCAGAUAUGAUAUUAUUGUGGAUGUGGCACCUGAAGUCAAAUGGAUCCCUGAGAAUGCGUACAAAAUUCUGAAGAUUGUUGUUGAAAUUGACAGUGAUGUAGAUGCUCAGACAGCUUCUGAAAAAGAAUUAAGGCGUCGUCAAAAGUCCCUUGGCGCAAUGAGAAUUGUAACUGACAGAGGACUGCAGAUAGGUGAUGUUGCAGUGCUUGAUAUUUCAGCAACGAAAGUUGAUGAAGAUAAUUCGAGUAUUAAUAUUCCAGAUGCAGAGAGUAAAGGAUUUCAUUUUGAUACAGAGGAUGGUGACAAAGUACUUCCUGGUUUCCUCGAUUCAAUAAUUGGAAUGCAACGAGGUGAAACAAAGUCUUUCCCACUUGUGUUUCCUGAAUCAUGGAACCAAGAAAAUCUUCGCGGUGUUCAAGCUCAAUUUACUGUUGAAUGCAAAGAAUUAUUUUAUAGAGAUAUGCCCGAGUUGGAUGACUCCCUUGCAGACAAACUUCUUCCUGGAUGCACUACCUUACAGCAGGUCAAGGAAUCAUUGUUACAGAAAUGCCAAGAGGUGGAGCGAACAGCAAGAGACCAAGCAACUGAUAAUGCAAUUCUCGACCAACUUCACAAGAUGGUGGAGAUUGAUAUACCUAGAUCCUUGUUUGAGGAACAAGGUCGGCAAUUUUAUGGAGCCAAACUUCUUGAAGUACAGGCAAAAAUGAAAUUAAAUGAAGAGCAAUUAGCUUCUCUGUCUAGUCCAAAGGCAGUUAAUGAGUACCUAGAGAACCAGAAGCAGAACAUAACAAAGGUGAUAAAACAAAAUCUAGCAGUUGGAGACAUAUUCAAACGUGAAAAUUUAGAGUUUUCAACAGAUGAUCUUGUGAAAGAAGUUGAGAAUUCAAUUUCCGAAUUCAAACGUCACAAACAAGAAUAUGAUGAAGAGAGAGUGAGGGACCAGGUACAAGAGAUACUAGAGGGAGCAAAAGUUCUUGAAUGGUUGAAAGAGCAUGCGGAGAUUCAGUAUAUAACCAAGUGAGAAAUUUUUUUCUGCAUGCUUGGAAAGAGUUAAUAAGCAGGAAUUGCAUUAUAGAGGAUUGCGCAGUUCAAAAAAUUUUGCUGCUACUGAAAUAAAUAUUGUAUGAAACAGAUCCCUUAAUAGCACUGUUAAUACACAACUGCAAUGUGCUUUUUCUUU